GAGUGGCUCGAAACAGGACUUAUUUUUAUAGAUAUACGCAUUUUAACCUCCACUUUUUCAGUUGUUAAUUUUUAGCUACACAUUUUAACAGAUCGAGACUUGCGAAGUUUUGUCUUUUGAAGAAGAACGCGAAGAAGCGUGCGUAGCGGACGUAAAACUGUACUGACGUUUUGUUUUGGGUGUACGUCAGAGAAUUCCAGCCAAAGACAGCAGCGCAGAGAAAUUCGAAAAUAGCGCGCUAGGCUAGCGAGCUAGCUACUAGUCUGGAAACCGGAUACAUUAGGUCCCGUUUAAUGUGUUAAACUAUGGCGUCAUUUAAUUCAUUACAACACACACAUUCCUACUUCGAAUCUCCCGCAAAGGUGUUUGCGAGGCUCAAAUCUAAAGUGCAGAUGGAGGCGAUGAACGCGAAGCUGGACGAUUUUACAGGCAACAAUCCGCUGUUAAGCGUUAGAGAGAAACAUGGGGCAGCUUUUCUCUCUCCCUGGAGGAAAUCUACGAACACGGUCGACAAACACAAGGAAAACAAAACGGUUGAUUCUCAUUACAACGAAGCGCAGGCUUUGACUCUUUCGCCCAUUUCGAGUCCCCAGAAGAAAUGUGGGUACUCAUCGUUGCGGGAAACAUCUCCAAUGACUGAUUUGUGUGGAUACAAACGAAAGCUGAGAGACGGGACUUUAAUGGAGUCAACAGCUGUGUCUCAGCCUUUCUCUUCGGUCACCAGAGAUCAGAUCCACCAAAGGACACCUCAGAUCUGGGAGUCACGUGUUUUGUCCAGCAGGAGUCCAGUGAAGAGACAGUCAGUAGAAAGCACGGGAAGGAGUGUGUCUGAUAAGAGAGCAACCCCUCUUAGUCCUGUGUCUCAGGGGAGGAUGUUUACCCCCAUAAAGAACAGGCUGAGGAAGAAACUAGAUCAACAGGAGUGUAAUUGUGUCAUCAGAACCACCGAGGAGCGCGUGGAAGAUGCGAGAGGAAUGAGAAGGUCGUUGUCCACAGAGGAUCACACUCACAACAACUCUAGCAUACUGGCUGGAGGACUUCCUGCUGAUCAGUCAGAGAUGCUCCAACAACCCAAGACAAGCUCAGUCGUAAACAAACGCUGCACUGUUGUGUUGGAAAGAUUACCCACAGCCUCCCCUGCCAAGAUGUUUGCCUACAUGAAGGAGAGGGAGAGCAAAGGGGGAAAGACAAAUGUUCACAACAGCAGAAGAGCGCUGACUGGAAGCAUGCAGGACUCUGACACUUCUCCCUCCACGGCUCGCUCUAUGGAAGAGAUGGAGGAAGAUGCUUCGGCCGAUGCUCCAGAAACCACAGACCCAGUAAACCAAGACAGAGAAGACUCAGCUGGCAGCCGCUCAGAGACGGGUGGAGCAGAGGAUGUCUGGGUUCCCGCUACACUCGAACAGCCUAUUCUGCUGGAAGAUCCGCUUGUGCUGAACACUCCACAGAUCUCCAUACCGAAGAGGGACAAGGAUGAGUCCAAACGCAGCCUUUGGAUCAAUCAGCAGGAAUUCCCAGCUGAAAGUGUGAUUUAUCUUAAAAAGUGGUCCCUAGGAAGAAAUCCUAAAGGCCUGUUUGUCACCGGGAUUCACGGGACCGACAACAUUCUGUGGAACAGUAGUUUCAUCGUGGACAGAGUCUCAUCAAGGGUGCUGAAAACCGCCUCCGGUCGGGUGUACGUACUGGUUGGGAAAAUUAAAAUGCAUCGUGAUUCUGAAGAAGAGGGAGGAAGAACCGAAAACGAUGGGCAGAACAAGACUGAGCAACAAAGUUAAACAGAAAGAGGAAGAUGAAAACGGGUGGACCAAGAUGGAGCUCAGUAAGCUUCAAGAAGCCGUGUCUUUCUAUCCCCGAAACAUAACGGGCUUCUGGGCCAAGGUGGCGAGGAUGGUGGGAACCCGCUCAGCAGAAGAAUGCCACAAGCAGCACGUGUCAAAGGGAGCACGCCAGAGUCCAGAGAGAGGCACCGCAAAACCCAAGAAGAAGACGAAGGUGCAAGAACCGAAACCUCCAGAGCGCCCGGUGGUUUCUGCCCGAGUGGGGACGUUGAAGAGGAAGCAGCAGGUGCGUCAGUUCCUGGAGGCUGUGGCCAGAGAAGAUGUCGACGACGCCUUCAGCUCGGCGUACAUGCAGAACCAGCGCGUCGAGGUUCCUUCUGUGUGUUUGAGCGACGAACACGAGUUCACGAUUUCGAGCCUGGCACCUCAGACCCCGAUGUUGUCGCGCUUCCCCGAAGCGAAGACGCCUCAGUGUUUGCCCAUCACUCCGGGCAUGAUCGGCUCUCCCAACACCAAAAACGACAACAAGGUCGUUUAUCAACUGCAGAAGAAAAUGAAAAAGAAUCAGUUCAACGCCUCCAGGAUGACACAGCCAACGAAAUUUGCAACGCCGUCAGUUAAACGCUCAAUACAAAGAUGCACAGUAGAAAACAACAACUUUGCAGUUUGGGAGAUGUUCCCAGGAAACACUGACUGUCUGUCUGACAGCGACGAGCAGCAGGACUUCUACUUCUCAGACACCUGAUUGGAAUUAAAGAUUAAAUGUUUUAUUUUCUUUUAGGAAAUAGUCCACAUGAACUGGAGUCAGAAGAACAGAUUGAAGAUGUAAAUACAUUUUUACCAGGUUUAACCAAUCAAACGCACAUAUAUAUGUAUAUAUAUAUAUAUAUUUACAUAUAUGUAUAUAGAAUUUCAACUAGAAGUUUUGCUUGGAAGAUCUGUUAAGUUAGAAAUUUAAAGUCCUUAAUUUUGUAAAUCCGACUGGCUCUUUGUCAAUAUGGUUUUUUACCUUAAGUGCGUUCUCAAAGAUCUAGUUGUAAAUGUCUUUUUAAUAAACCUUUUUUGUUUGAUCUAA